CCCACGCCCUGCGCUAGUUGGUUCCCCCGUCGUUUCGUGCCUGGCCUGGUUCUUUCGACGACCACACCUCGUGUAGCCGCCGUCGGAGGGCUCGCUCGUCAUUCAGCCAUACCUCUCUCUCCCUCCCCAGCGAGGCCUUCUGGGGAGGGAGCCAAAAACGGCUCCCCUCGCGACCGUCUUCUUCGCUAUGCUUCUUAAAAGCCUUCGCCCCCCAUGACUCUCUCCCUCCCCUCCUCCACUUCCGAGCAACUGCCAUCCACCUCGCCCACAUUCAUCUCUCCUCUGCCGGCUUCAAACGGGUAAGAGAAGAUCCGCUUCUGCCACCUACUCUCUAUUUCUAUCCAGGCAUCCUUUCCUCUCAGCUCCUUUGUCUGCCAUGCGGCACUCCCCUCAACCGGUCGGGUCCGACGACGACAGCGGCAGCACCACCGAUGUACCGGACAUCUUCUCCGCCGACGAUGCUACCGAUGAAUCCUCGGACAGUGCGUCUGAGCCAGACAGUGAUAACGACCCGGAAGAUCUUUCUGACGACGAUUCGAUCCUGGAUGAUGAGGAGGAACGGGAACUCCCUGCGGCGUACUUCUUACAGGAGGCUGAAUGUCUCGACGUCUCCCAACUACGGCAGAAACGCUACAGCCCAAGGACCCAGGCUAAGUUGGACGAGACACGGGAUUACUGGGACCGGUUCUGCCGCGAGGGCAACUACGACCCUGCCGAACGUUUCCGUUGGCUUUCCGACUCCGAGGAGACAGUCCGUUUCUUCAAAGCUUUCUUCUCGUGGCGAUGCAGUCGGCGACGAAACAAAAAAGGGGGCCGGACACCAGGAAUACGAUACAAAAGCUCACUGGAGACAUUCUGGAAGUGGUGGCAUCUGGUUUACAAGGCAGAGGUAGGCCACGGCUUAAGCAAAGACCUCAUUGUCAAGAUUCUGGAUGUACUGGCGAUCGUUGCUCGAGAGAAGGACCUCCGUUCUGGACGCCGACCGAAAGCGACGAUGUACAUCGAAGAUGUGGCGGAGUUCGCUCGCGUGCUAUUGUCGACGAUGGAGAUGACUUUCCAGUUCGGGUGGCUUCGGAUCCAACUCCUCCUCUUCUGCCAGCUGGCGGCCAUCACCGGUAGCCGCCCUGGGGCUCUGCUGAACUUACGCUAUCGGGAUCUUGAGCUGACUCUCAUCCGUCACCCGGACGGAGGGCGCCCACGAUUAUUUAUUUACUUGACCCCAAGGUUUACCAAGACGUUUCUGGGCGAGAAGGAAGAGAAUACCUUCCCUAUUCCCGAAAUCGUCUUUGACCCGACAUUGGUCCUCAGUCCUCAUGUGUUCCUUCUCGGGAUGCUGUUCCGUAUCCAGGCGUUCAAGAAUAUCUCCAAAGACGGCCUAGUGUUAAACUGUCCCGAAAAUCUGUAUAACCUUGGUGUUUUGGAUGGACUUGGAGAACAGCCGCUGAGAUUGAAAGAUGAAAUUCUCGAUCACUUUGUGUUCUGUCAGGGAAUGCGCGAAUCCGACGGACUUCGAAUUGCUUUGGAGGAGCGACUAACGGAAGGAGCGCUGCGAUAUCGAAUGAAACGGGGAGGCGAAAUCACUGGGUUUGAACAGGUCACAAAGCCGUAUGGUCUCCGUUAUGGGGCGGCGAAAGCAUUUAAUGACAGCUCGGAUGUGACGAACGAGCUCCAGAACGUGAUGUUACAGCAUGCGAACAUCGACACCUUCGUUAAACAUUAUAGCGUGGGCAUCCAUGUUGACGCCCAGGCCAUUGUCCGGGGACUGCCGGCUCAGAAACAGCUGAUGCGGUUCGCAGCAUCCAUGAGCCGGUCGAUUGAUCCCCGCCGACCGUACAAGCUCGAGGACACUAGUUGUGUCAACAACAUUCCGCGCGUGCGAACACUGCAGACGCGGGUCUGUGAAAGAAAACAAUUCCGGGACGAGAUGAAGCGGGCUUUUGAGAUGGCGGAACGGGACUUUGAGCGACGCUUCGGCGAUUACCAGAAUCAGAAGAAAGUGAAGAAGGAGCUACCAGCUCCCGCUCGACAGGCGCUUGACCGUGUGGCGAAGUCCGAGGAAGAGUACAGAGGCGCGGCCCGGAGGCAUCUCCGGGCGCAGCGUGUGUCUCGGAAUGAGUGGCAACGGCAACGUAACCGCUUAGUGCGUGAGAAUCUGGAAAGAUAUAAGAACGAGCAGCCAGUGAUUGACUGCGAGAGGCAACUUGCCGGGAAGUUCUUGGAUGACGAGGUGAAGGGUGCUCUGGAGCGAACAGGGUAUAUGACCCCGCAGCAUAUGAUCCUGCUCGAUAAUAUCUUGAGCAUGCCGGGCGUCACUGUCGAAAAGGAAUACCAGCGCCGGAUUGCCGCAAUCAAUGCGGUCAUUGCUUUCUGUGACGUGGAGGAGGGAUCACCCACGAGACGACCAAACCCUGCACAGAAGCGUCCUGCCAUGGAUUCUUUAUCGUCUGCUCCUUCCGCAAAAAGGCAAAGAUGCCCUUCGUCUGAUGGGCCACAGACCACCAUUUCUCAAGCGAUUGCGUCUGUCUGCAUUGAAAAGAAAGAGGAACGGCCGACGAUUUGCUUUCUCUGUCUGGGAAAUCCUCAUAUGCCGGAACAUGAGCGGUCUAAAGACUAUUGUACACCUGGGUCACUCACCCGUCACUUUGUUGACAUUCAUGUCAUACCAUAUCCGAAAGACAUGCGGAUUAAAUGCAGCAUCUGCGAGGAGCACUUGGAGAGUAAAUCGGCAUUGAUGAACCAUGCUGAGAGAAAGCAUGGAACUGUCUCACGCCGCCCAUUGUCCGCCCUCGGCCCAAUUUAGAUUUCCAAUACACCUGCGACCUAAAGCAUUUGUGGACCAGGAUCCCCUCUUUGCCUUUGUUGACACUGCAUAUUAAGGGCUGGUACCCCAACAAUUUCCUUUAUCGACGCGUUUAUUUUGUGUAACUUAUUUCUUAAAUCCUCUGUGGGCUUGAUACCACUGUAACAUUGCAUGGUACAUAUACAUACUAGAUUGAAGAAAGAUAUUCGAAGGAAUCAGGAUCUAAAGAGAGACGUCCACGUGCGAUAUCUCGACGGUCAUGCCAGUUGAUGGUCAAUCCUUUUGGCAGACUCUGGUUCAAUCGGUAUUAUGUUGAAGGCCCUCAUUGAAUAAAAAGAAGUGCUCGAUAUCAACUGUAUAAGCAGAGGGGUCCUUCCCGAUACCGCGAUUCCCUGGCAUCUCGGGACCUGGUCCCUGAUACGGUAGCGGAGUUCUCGCGAGCCGCUGCCGCGCUCCCAGGGUACCGCGAGGGACAUAUCAGUACAGGAUGAUCCUUUUGGGUUUCUAUAUACACACACGCACAGUUACAUGUCGCAAACGGUGAUCUAAGCGCUGAAUGGUCAUGAAGCAGUGCAUGUUGACUUACCUCCCCGGUUGUACACGGAGCAUAGAACCUCAGCAACCAUUACCGCCACCACCAGCACCAGCGAAACCUCCAAGUGUCCCAACUUUCUUCGCGUAGUUCCAGUCCUGAUAGGAAGAAACAGGCGGCAUCAUUCGUUCUAGCUCUGAGACGGAGUUAGCCACGUUCAACCCAGGCCCGACAGGGAACUGACCUUCUCGCUUGGCCUGUCUAGUUUCGGCCGUCUCAUACCAUAACUUCAGCAUCCACACUGCGACCAGCGCAUCUCGCAUCUCCUCCGUCAUUGGAGCUGCAAUAACCAUUUUAUCCUCAUCGUCCUUCCCUUCCUCCACCGCGACCUGAGACCCAUCCUCCUGGAUCCAGUUAUACCGACUACCCAUCAAUUUCGCCGGUCGCGCAGUGAAUAGUGUCGAGGCUUUCCCAGCCUCGUCAAAGAGUGGACGAUCCGAUGCAGUCUGCUUCGAACUAAGCAAUGCUUCGAACUCCAUCUUUCGCAAGCGUGAUUUGCUUGUUCCGAGGUGGAUAUUCCCUAGCGUCUCCUUGUCGACGGCCGUGAUGUAGUACGCCGGGAUAUCGGUCCGGUACUGCGCGUCCGAGGGAUGUGACAUGUAGAACAGAUGCCGAUACUGAGAUUCAAUUGGCCCCACGCAUAGCAUAGUCAACGUGAAUAGAUGACUAACUUUGUUAUGCAUGUUUACAAACUAUAUAUCUGAGGGGUAGAAGUACUCUCCACGUGCAAUGGCCUUCAAGGCAUCCUCCUUGUCCUCAUCCGACGUAAAAUACCGCACGAUCCUCCGAACCUUCCAACCAAACCUCUCCAUCGCCCUCUCAACAUCCUUACUAAUGUCAUUAUGGUAUACCUCCACGACAAUAUCCCUGGGAACCGACUCGCCCAGUCUAAACCGCGCAUCAACAAGCGCCAAUUUCUCAUCAACAGCAGCCGCACCACCUGGAAGAGAAUCAAGCUGUCUCACCAACCCCGCCGAACUCUGCCACGUCGUCGUGAUCCUUCGCGGGCUAACCCCGUGGCUCGCAAGGAAGCUCAUCAUCUUCGGUUGGAUAUUAUCACGUGUGACUACCUCCCCACUGCUGUCGCCGCCGCCGUCAUCCUUGAACAUUUCCCCGACCGGAAAAGCAGGGAAAAAGAUCCGGAUAGACUGUAUGAGUACCGCAUUGUCGCGGCCGAUGCGCCGGAGGAAGUCCAGCGUCGCAAGAUAGCCGCCCGUGAAGUCGACCCAGUUGCACCCGUAGAGGAUUGAUCGCGCCUCAUCGUGGAUGAUCUUGUUCGUGUAUAGGAUGUUGGGUGCCACGCCUUGCUUGCUGAACAAGUAAUUUAGAGGCUUGGGGCUGACUAGGAGGCGUGUGUAGAUCUGGUUGCGGAUCUCGCCGGGGAGAGAGAGGAAGGGUGUCGCCAUGACGCGGGUCACAGACUACGCGCCGAAUGCCUAAUGCUUUUAGUAGCAGCAGUGUAGGUAUAGCUUGGCCUGAGAGUUUGGUAGAUUGUUUAAUGCGAGCAUGUUAGCUCAGGCUGGCUGCCCCGCGUACCCCGCGCGCCCAGAGAUCUUCAAUCCUUGCACCCUCAUCUGGAUUAGCUCGCAUAGGAGCUGGGAAUUAUGACGCGUAGCCUCUUAACAAGCUCUUUUAUAGCUUAGAGCGCAACAGUGGUGACCUUCUAAUGACUACUCCGAGUUCAACCUCGACACCUUGGCCUCAGAAACAAACGCAAUAUUAACACACAGUGGAACAAACCUAGCUAAAUCAUGCAGAUAAUUUUUGCGAUCGGGCUUGUUGCCAUCAAUCUGGCGGGCCACGGAGCCUCGCGCAUAUGAAUAGAUAUGGGCAUCGGCAAUAAUCCAACUGCUAUGAGGCUGUACUCCAC